GGAAGAUGAAUGUUGGAGUUUUUCAUUGCUUCCGCUGAAACGAGAAAAGGGCUGCGACAAUUUUUUUAGAUGCAAUUUUUUCUCGAUUUCCUUUACUUUGCAGAGGGAAAAUGCGUCAUCUUUCAGCAGGGUCUGGGCUCCAGAAGGCGGGGGAUUCGCUGUAAUCUGACAGCGCUGUUUUGACGGGAGGCAAGAGGGAUGGCAAUCUCUUGGCACAGAAAGAGACUGAUGUGAUGAAGGGAGCUGGAACUGAUUUGGCGCGCGUGUGUUUUAAAUUUUAAAACGGGAAUUCGUCUGAAAGGUCAGCGUUGUCUCACAGCCUGGUUACUGGCUCCAGCAGCUUCUCUGAGACUUGAUGGGUGAUUGAACAGGAGAGCUGAGGAAAAAUUGGACCUGUUUAUAGGUGGACUUUGAAAGAAUUGAAGCUGAUUGAAUGUGAGCAGAUUGCGAGUUGUGUUGAAGCUGCUGUAAAUGCCGGAAUCACAGUUUGGCCCUGAAAGGAAGACUUGCUGACAGGCUUUGCAUGUCAAGCAGCUGCUGAGCUACUUGAUGGUUUAUGAUUUUUCAGCACCACUGGGAAGCUGGCAGCCCAGGAAGCCACGAAUGAUGACUCAGAGUGUCUGUUUUAACAUGAUGGCAUGAUUCUGAGGAUCUGUGCUUGGAAUCUGUCACACAGAGCAAUUUUGGUAUUUUAAUGGGAUCACUGACGGGGAGUAUCAAACAAAACUGGAGAAAGUCACCUGUCAGAUCCAAAUGUGGAUGAGUUCAUUUUCCAGAGAAAAUCUAAACACCAGUUAUUUUCUGAGCUGGAGCUACAAAAAAAAGCUGUUGUCUGAUUGACUAAGCAAAAUCCACUGUGGAUAUGGGCCACUGAUACAAUUUGUUUUGCUGACGCACCAUAAUUAAUACCUAACCUAAAAGACUGCCAUCAGUAUUUUGCUGGAGAAACCAACUUGUUGGAUUCACUAAGGGAUACAUUUUUUUGACACACAGCAUAUCUAUAAAACGUGAGAGACUUUUUUUGUUACAAAUUAUUUUGCAAUCUGUAUAUUAUUCAACAUCACACUGCACUUACAAAGAUGGCUGUUGUCAUCAAGAAGAAAGGUCAUUUGCUUUGGUUUGGCUUGCUUUUUGGAUGCCUUGUUAACCUUGGGGUCAGUUUAGAAUUUACUGGAGCUGCAGGACAGUGGGCAAGGUUCCCAAAGUGGAAUGCAUGCUGUGAAAGUGAGAUGAGUUUUAAUAUGAAGACCAACAUUUCCAGUAGUCUACUGGUUUACUUUGAUGAUGAAGGAUUCUGUGAUUUUCUAGAACUUCUAAUUGUUGAUGGAUACCUUCAACUUCGCUUUUCAAUUUUCUGUGCUGAACCAGCUGUUCUACAGUCGGAUACUAAAGUGAAUGAUAGUAUUUGGCACACUGUAGUUAUUCAGAGGAAUUUCAGGAAGACAACACUAAUAGUAGACAAAGAGAUCAAAACAGUUGAAGUGAAGUCAAAGAGACGAGACAUGACAGUUUUUAGCAAAUUGUACAUUGGUGGAAUUCCACCAGAAUUUCAUUCAUCAGUGCUAUCAUUAACAUCAACAUCAGUAGGAAGUCAAGAACCAUUCCAGGGAUUAAUAACUGACCUCAAGGUUGGAAAUGGGACUACGACACUUAUUGAUGGUCAAGGAAUCAAGAUGGAUGAAAACUAUCUUUGCACAAAUCAUAGUCUAUGCUUAAAUGGAGGAACCUGCUCUGUUGUACAGGAGAAGGCAAUUUGUGAUUGUUCCCACACUGGAUUUCAAGGAAAAGACUGCAGUGAAGAAGACAACUAUGUUGAAGGUCUGGCGCACCUGAUGAUGGGCGACCAAGGUAAAAUAAAAGGAGUUAUCUCUAGCAACAUCUACAGGACUGGAAGAGAAGAAUAUGUUGCAACAUUUAAAGGAUCAGAAUAUUUCUGCUAUGACUUGUCACAGAACCCAAUCCAGAGUAGCAGCGAUGAAAUAACAUUAUCAUUCAGAACUCUUCAAAGGAAUGGUCUCAUGCUUCAUACAGGGAAAUCUGCAGAUUAUGUAAAUCUGGCUUUGAAAGAUGGUGCUGUCUCACUGGUCAUUAAUUUGGGGUCAGGAGCCUUUGAAGCUUUGGUGGAACCUGUGAAUGGAAAAUUUAAUGACAAUGCCUGGCAUGAUGUGAAAGUAACCCGGAACCUCCGUCAGCACUCAGGCAUCGGACACGCUAUGGUAACAAUCUCAGUAGAUGGAAUACUGACAACAACGGGCUACACACAGGAGGAUUACACCAUGCUAGGCUCUGAUGACUUUUUCUAUGUCGGGGGCAGUCCUAGCACUGCUGACCUUCCAGGUUCACCAGUCAGCAAUAAUUUUAUGGGUUGCCUAAAGGAGGUUGUUUACAAAAACAAUGAUGUCCGAUUGGAAUUAUCACGGCUCGCCAAGCAAGGAGAUCGCAAGAUGAAGAUUCACGGAAUGGUGGCCUUCAAAUGUGAGAACGUUGCAACAUUAGAUCCAAUCACAUUUGAGACCCCUGAAUCUUUUAUUUCACUACCAAAGUGGAAUGCUAAAAAGACGGGCUCUAUUUCAUUUGACUUUCGCACCACUGAACCAAACGGACUGAUUCUUUUUAGUCAUGGCAAACCACGACACCAAAAAGAUGCCAAAAAUCCCCGAAUAGUGAAAGUCGACUUCUUUGCUAUUGAAAUGCUUGAUGGACACUUAUACCUUCUGCUAGACAUGGGAUCUGGUGCUAUUAAAACAAAAGCCACUCAAAGGAAGGUGAAUGAUGGAGAGUGGUAUCACGUGGAUUUUCAGAGAGAUGGACGAUCAGGUACUAUCACCAUUAACAGCAAGCGUUCACCAUAUAUGGCACAUGGGGAGAGUGAAAUUCUGGACCUGGAUGAUGACUUAUAUUUGGGUGGACUACCUGAGAACAAAGCAGCUCUUAUUUUCCCAACAGAAGUGUGGACAGCUCUUCUUAACUACGGAUAUGUAGGAUGUAUCAGAGACUUGUUCAUCGAUGGUCAAAGCAAAGAUAUACGGAGAAUGGCUGAAAUCCAAAAUGUGGCUGGAGUUAAACCUUCCUGUGCAAAGGAAGGUCCAAAGCAGUGCCUUAGUGAUCCAUGCCGAAACAAUGGUGUUUGUAGAGAAGGCUGGAACAGGUACAUUUGUGAUUGCUCUGGAACUGGAUUUCUUGGCAAAUCUUGUGAGAGAGAAGCAACAAUACUGAGCUAUGAUGGAAGCAAGUUUAUGAAAAUCCAGCUACCUGUUGUAAUGCACACGGAAGCAGAGGAUGUAUCAUUGCGGUUUAUGUCCCAACGAGCAUACGGAAUCUUGAUGGCAACCACUUCCCGAGAUUCAGCAGAUACUCUGAGACUGGAACUUGAUGGUGGUCGUGUCAAACUAACUGUCAACCUAGACUGUAUCAGGAUUAACUGUAAUAACAGCAAGGGUCCAGAAAUGCUUUUUGCUGGACAAAAUCUCAAUGACAAUGAGUGGCACACUGUUCGUGUAAGUCGUCGAGGAAAAUCCCUGAAGCUAAUAGUGGAUGAACUACAGCCUAUUGAAGAUCAAAUGACAGGAGAUCAUACUCGUCUAGAAUUCCACAACAUUGAAACAGGCAUAGUGACGGAGAGACGAUACAUGUCAAACAUCCCUUCAAAUUUCAUUGGCCAUUUACAGAGUCUUAUGUUCAAUGGCAUGCCUUACAUUGACUUGUGCAAAAAUGGUGAUAUUGACUACUGUGAGCUCAAUGCUAGAUUUGGUUUAAAAAAUAUUAUUGCUGAUCCUGUGACCUUCAAGACAAAAUCCAGCUAUGUAGCACUGUCCACAUUGCAAGCCUACACCUCCAUGCAUCUGUUCUUCCAAUUCAAGACAACAUCAGCUGAUGGACUGAUACUGUUCAACAGUGGAGAUGGCAAUGAUUUCAUUGUGAUUGAACUUGUUAAAGGGUACUUACACUAUGUAUUCGAUUUAGGUACUGGCCCUUCCCUCAUUAAAGGGAACUCUGACAAACCACUGAAUGACAAUAAAUGGCACAAUGUGCUGAUUUCGCGGGACAUGAACAACUUGCACACUGUGAAGAUUAACUCCAAACUCAUCACGCAAAACACAGUCGGAGCCAGAAAUCUCGAUCUGAAAGGAGACUUGUAUAUUGGAGGAAUUGCCAAAGACAUGUACAAAACCUUACCGAAGCUGGUGGCGUCGAGGGAGGGAUUUCAAGGCUGUUUGGCUUCAGUGGACCUGAAUGGAAGACUACCAGACCUAAUUUCUGAUGCUUUGUACUGCAAUGGCCAGAUUGAGCGGGACUGUGAAGUUGCAAUGAUGAAAGCUGACUUGCAAGGACCAAGUACAACCUGCCAAGAGGAUUCCUGUGGAAACCAAGGAGUCUGUCUCCAGCAGUGGGAUGGCUUCAGCUGUGACUGUAGUAUGACAUCCUAUACAGGAACCCUGUGCAAUGACCCUGGCACAACAUACAUCUUUAGCCGAGGUGGUGGACUAAUCACUUAUACAUGGCCUCCCAAUGACAGACCAAGCACCCGAGCAGACAGACUGGCAGUGGGAUUUGACACGCAUGUAAAAGAUGCCAUUUUGGUGCGUGUAGAUAGUUCUGCUGGGCUUGGAGACUACCUACAGCUUCACAUUGAACAAGGAAAGAUUCGAGUUAUUUUUAAUGUUGGAACAGAUGAUAUCACCAUUGAAGAAUCAAGUGGUAUUGUAAAUGAUGGAAAGUACCACAUAGUACGGUUUACACGGAGCGGUGGCAAUGCCACUCUACAGGUGGACAACUGGCCAGUCAUUGAACGUUAUCCAUCAGGAAACAAUGAUAACGAACGCCUGGCGAUUGCUAGACAGCGAAUCCCAUAUCGACUUGGUCGAGUAGUUGAUGAUUGGCUACUCGACAAAGGACGGCAACUUACAAUCUUCAAUAGCCAAGCAACUAUAAAAAUUGGUGGCAAGGACAAAGAUCGUCCAUUCCAGGGACAGCUAACUGGCCUAUACUACAAUGGCUUGAAAGUACUUAAUAUGGCAGCUGAAAGUGACCCAAACAUCAAAAUAGAAGGAAGUGUGAGAUUAGUAGGGGAAGCAUCUUCAAUGACGACAGAAACAACAACUACAUCAAAGCCAGCAGAAAUAUCAACCACCAUAAUGGAAACUACAACCACCAUGGCUACUACUACCACCAGAAAAGGGCGGUCUACAACCACAAGAGAUGUCAUGACUCAGAGCACAGAUGAUCUAUUGGUUGCCUCUGCUGAAUGUCCUAGUGAUGAUGAGGACAUUGAUGAAUGUGAGCCAAGCUCUGGUGGUUUAGCAAACCCCACCGGACCAGGUGGCAGAGGCUUCCCAGGAACAGCAGAAGUGAUUCGAGAAUCGAGCAGCACUACAGGAAUGGUGGUCGGAAUUGUGGCAGCAGCUGCUCUUUGCAUUCUCAUCCUCCUGUAUGCAAUGUACAAGUACAGGAAUAGGGACGAAGGCUCCUACCAUGUGGAUGAGAGCAGAAACUACAUCAGUAACUCCGCUCAGUCCAAUGGGGCUGUAGUGAAAGAGAAGCAGGUGAACAAUGCCAAAAAUUCCAGCAAAAACAAGAAGAAUAAGGAUAAAGAGUACUACGUCUGAUUGUAUAUUCUGAAGAAAGAAGCGUGUAAAAGAGAAAAGGAAAACAAAAAAAAACUUCAUUUUAUCAAAGACGUGAUAAAACUGAGAUUUACUUUUUUGCAAAGCACACAGGAUAAGGACAGUACACAUUAUCGGGAAGGAAAGACGACAGUUUGUAAAGUAAGCAUUAACAUUUCAAGCUGGUUGAAGUCUCCUACUUGUUCACAGUGUUUUCAUUCGCUCCAUCUUCUCGUUGUCCGAACUUUACUGUGGAGACAACAGCAUGAAGCAUUCAUAAAGAAGAGUAUUACAACAGUGCACAGAGAAUCUACCUGUUACCCAUGAGUUUUCAGCCAAAGUGCUAAACAAUUGUGCAACAUGACAGAAAUCUCAUUACUCCAAGAACCUUAAAACAAACAAUAGUUAGCAGACCCUUGACAGUAAAGGGUUUAUCAUCUUUACAUCCAUGGGCGACCUGUGUUUAAGUGCUGGCUACAACAUAAGACUAAUGUUAAAAUAGUAUAAAGUGGAAUAAUCCCUUUCUGGUUGUAAGACGUAAGGAAAGCCUUAAUUUCUUCCACAGGAAAUGUAAGGCAUGGAUAUACACAGAUAAAAGAGAGCAUAGAUACAAUCAUUUGAAAAUUUUCAUGCACGCUAAUAUGUUAUUACAUACAUUUAUACAAACACAUAUAUGUGCUUUCUGGACUGUGAUGAGUGAUGUUUUAUAGCCUGUUGUAUAGACAAUGCAAAUAUCUCUGCUAACCAGACAUUUUUUGGUAAAUGUAAUGUUAUAGCUGUAGCUAGGUUUAGACAGGUUUGAAGUUGUUGAUGACGUCUGCAAUUUUAAAAUGUGUUUUGCAGCCGUCAUUAAUAGUCUCAAACUUCUUUUUUUUUUAUUUUAAUUGUAUUGAAUGUCUACCAUACAUGUAUGAGGGGAUACAUAUGAAUGUACGUAUAAUUUAGCUGCAUUUUUUGUAAUUGACUCAGACUGUAAUCUCUUACGUUUUUAUGAGGUUUUGUUGUGUGGGAAACAAAGUGAGUUUUAAAAUUAAAUGGUGGCUAAUGCUAUGAAAUCUUUGUAAGGUCAAUGAUUUGAAAUUGUUUUCAAUUAUUUCCUCUUUUUAUGUUUGCUAUAUCCCAUGGGGAAAAUGAGAAAUGCUUAAAGGAAUCUUUGAUCUUUCAAUUAUUUGUAAGCCCCAUUUUGAUGUUGCUUAAUGUCAAUGUACUUAUUACAUGGAAAUCCUCCGAAGUAUCUAUGGAGUCAUUGCAGAAAAUACAGUUGGUUAUUUGUUCCUAUUUUUAAUGUUUAGUUUCAUUGUUUCUUUUUUUAAAAAGCCCCUUAACUCAUCUGAAAAGUUGGAAACUUUAACAUUAGAGCAUUGAGAGUUUUUAAUUUUUAGCUUUGACUGAACAGUCCAAUUUGUGGAAUAUUAAACUAUACAGAUCUUAAGAGCUCAUUAUUUAGCUUCUAUAUUAUUUUUUAGAUUAUCUCACAGCAAUAAACCCAGUUGUAAUGUACUUCAAAUCAAAUACAAAGGGAAUAUAUUAGGUUCUAUGGGUGUACUUCAAGGGAAACCAGCUCAAUUGCGAGAAGACCUCCUGGGAGAAAAAUAGAUGUUCAUGCAUUCAAAUAGGACGGAGGAAUUUAAAAUUAGCUUUAAACAGCAGGGGCCACAACAUAACAGAAAUCAUGCAUUUUUGUCAGCAGUCAUUUUGGAUUGCUGUAGCCUCCUUGCCAACUGCUCCAGCCGCCUCAGUUACCCCGAAAACAAUUCAUUAUGUUUGUCACUUUGUGCUAUCCACCUCAGAUAAAUCCUGUCUAAACAAGACUCAUUUUUGAUCAUUUUGUUUUUACCUUGGAGACAAAGUUGUGCUGUCAUCCUGUACAUCAAAAUAAAACUCUCAGUUUCUGAGGAAGAGAGGUUGAGCAGAUAAGUCCUUAAUCACCCUAACAUCACAUGCACCUUGUUGUGCUAUGUUGUGAUGUGAUUUAUGUUAUUAUAUUGAGCAUUUAUAGACAUUCUGGAAAAGUUGUUUUUGAAGACUGCACCCAUUUAAAUAUUAAUAUGAAUACUAACAUGAGAUUACUGACCCAUUUUAUUGUCUCGAACUAUUGUAUGCCUGCAAUUGUAAUCCAUUUAACUAUGUCUCCAGUAACAAGUAAUACAAAUUAACAAUGUUCAACCUUCUCACACAAGCUAUCGUUGAUAUUUAUAAUCAAGAAAUUAAGAAUGUCUACAAAACAUUUUAUCUUCUAAUUCUAACAGAAGGAAAUCCUAAAUCCCAGAAGACUAAACUUAAAAGCAAAUGAGAUCAAUAUUAUUUUAUUCCCACUCAAGUUGUGGUUAUCUGCCUAUUAGGAAACAGUUUUGGAUUUUGUUGAGAAAAUUUCACUGCGACUAAGAUCAGUUUUUAGGUCUCAUGGUUUUCUGGAUUCAGCAUGGGAACAUGACAGGUGCAAGGUGUUAUUCUCCUGAAGUGCAUUGGUAUGGUGAUGCAAAGAUACGUGAAAGAGGUCCAUGGGCUGGUGAUUGAUAACAAACAACAGGCGAAAGAUGGAAUAAAAAUAUUUGUUAACUUUAGUUAACCCCAUUAUUAAACAUGCUCAUACAGUCAGAAAGACAUUAAAAGUGGCUGUAGGAGCUUUAGAAAGCAACUAGACAACAGUAGAAUAUAUUGUAAAGUAACUAGCACUUGACUAACUAGACAGUUUUAAGCUAUUCAUGUUGCCAAGGUGGUUGUAUCCAUGCAGUCAAUAAUUUGGUUUAAUGGCUGCACCGAAGCAACUUUUUCUUAUGUCUUAAACUACCUACAGCCCCUAGCAUGGCAGUUUCCAAAUCUCAUUUAGGUUGAUACUGUUUGGUACUGUAAUGUGUUGUGUUUUUGGCAAACUCUUGUUUUAAAACUGUAUGAAAUUUUACUUAUGAAUGAUGCAUUUCACACAAGAUAAAACAAGCAAACUCAUUCUGAAGCCCCAUCUUCGAGUGCUUUGUGUGAUAAAUAUUGAAAGAAAAUUUUGUUGCAAAAGCCAAGUUAACCAUUAUUGGAAAUGCUAAGCCAGUGGAAUUUACUGUUUUUUGUUAAUAAAAUGUUUCUUAUAAUA